UCUAUCUCUAUGUCUCCAUUAACGUAAACCAACCGCCAAUGUAACUAUCCAACAUGUUUUUAGUCUUUUUCCUUUCAGUCCUUCACUUUUUAGAUUUUUCAUAUAACCCCUCUCGUUUUAUGUUAAAUCCCGUCUUAUGUUUUAUGGAAACACCCCUCCCCAUCUCUAUAAAUAUAAGAAGCCCCCCGAGGGAUCCAAAUAGCAGAAGCAGCAGAGAGAGAGAGAGAGAGAGAGAGAUGGGGCUUAGCCUGGUGUGGUUGAUGGAUAUGUUUGUCCGGCGCGCCUACACUGCCGCCGGCCUCCGCUCCCACACCGUCGCAGUCGACGCCGACACCACCGUCCAUUGCUGGAUCUCUACCUCCCUCCUCCCCACUCCCUCCUCCGCCGGAGCCGACCCCGGCCGCGGAUCGAGGAGGCAGCCGAAGCCCCCGCUCCUCCUCAUCCAUGGAUUCGGGCCCCGCGCCACGUGGCAGUGGCGCAGCCAGAUCGCGCCCCUCGCCGCCCGCUUCGACCUCAUCGUGCCGGACCUUCUCUUCUUCGGCGGCUCCACCACCCGGUCCCCGCAGCGGUCCGAGGCCUUCCAGGCGGCCGCACUCGCCCGCCUCCUCGACGCCCUCGGCGUCGCGCCGCCGCGCCGGGCGAGGGUUUCGGUGAUGGGGACCAGCUACGGAGGGUUCGUGGCGUACCAUGUGGCGCGGGCGAUGGGGCCGGACCGGGUGGAGCGAGUGGUGAUCGCCAGCUCCGACUUGCUCAAGGGGCCGGAGGACGACAAGGCGCUGCUGGAGCGGGCCGGUGGCCGUGGAGACGUCGCCGAUCUUCUCCUCCCGCGGACCACCGCCGAUAUGAGGAGGCUCGUCCGCGUCGCCGUCCACCGCCCGCCUCGAUUCAUGCCGGAGUUCAUCCUCCGCGACAUGCUUCGGAAUCUGUUCAGCGAUAAGCUGGAGGAAAAGCUAGAACUCGUCAAGGGCAUCUCCCUCGCCAACAAAGACCAGUUCCAACUUACUCCUCUUCCCCAGCAAGUUCUGAUGAUAUGGGGAGAGGAUGAUCAGAUAUUCCCAGUGGAUAAGGCGUUCGAGAUGCAAAAGCGUUUCGGAGAGAAUGCGAGGUUGGAGGUGGUGCAGAAAACUGGUCACAUGCCGCAGAUGGAAGACGCCGGCAGGUUCAACAAGGUCGUCCUCAGCUUCUUAUUAGGGUAUUCAGACAUGAGUUCCCUUUAGUGGUUAUGUAUGGGAAUACUACGCUAGUCUUCUUGCAAAGAUGGGAGAUGGGUUUGAAUGGAAAUUAUGUGUUGAAUUGGGGUUGAUGAAGCUACAAGCAGCAGCAUA